AUGCUGACAGUCUACUUUUUAUUAUGUGUCACUUGGUUAGGUUCAGUGAAUGCGAAGCUGCACAAGGUAAGUUUGGAGAAAAGAGAUGACAGUGAAGAUAUUAAAGGAAUAAGACUUUCAGAUUAUAUCAGUCACUUGGGCAGGAAAUACCUCAAUCAAUUUGAGAAAGCCUUCCCAGAGGUACAUAUAAGUAAAAAAGAUCAAUUUACUAUUGAAAGCCACGAUGUCCCGUUGGAUAAUUAUUUAAAUGCUCAAUAUUAUACUGACGUUAGCAUUGGAACACCUCCACAAAAAUUCAAAGUAAUAUUAGAUACCGGUUCAUCAAAUUUAUGGGUUCCUAGUGUAGGUUGCUCUUCUUUGGCUUGCUAUUUACAUUCCAAAUAUGACCAUAGCCUAUCAUCUACUUAUCGAAGUAAUGGAUCUGAUUUUGUCAUCCAAUAUGGUUCGGGAUCUCUAAAAGGAUACAUCUCACAGGAUACUUUAACUAUUGGUGAUUUGAUUAUUCCUCAACAAGAUUUUGCUGAAGCUACUGCCGAACCUGGCCUAGCUUUUGCAUUUGGUAAGUUUGAUGGGAUUUUAGGUCUGGCAUAUGACUCAAUAUCAGUCAAUAAAGCAGUACCACCUCUAUACAAUGCUAUUCAUAGGGGCUUACUAGACAAACCUAUGUUUGCUUUUUAUUUAGGUGAUGAAAAGUCAAGCAAAAAUGGCGGAGAGGCUACUUUUGGUGGCUAUGAUCCUUCAAGGUUUGAAGGUGAAAUCAAAUGGUUACCGGUACGUCGAAAGGCCUAUUGGGAAGUUCAAUUUGAUGGAAUUAAGUUAGGAGAUAAAUUUAUGAAGUUGGAAGGCCAUGGUGCUGCAAUUGAUACUGGCACUUCUUUGAUAACACUGCCUUCCCAAAUUGCUGAUUUCCUAAAUAAUGAAAUCGGAGCCAAAAAGUCAUGGAAUGGCCAGUAUACAAUUGAUUGUAAGAAAAGAGAAAGUUUACCUAAACUUACUUUAAAUUUCUACAAUCAUAAUUUUACAAUUGAUCCUUUUGACUACACUUUGGAAAUUUCUGGGUCUUGUAUUUCAGCAAUAACUCCAAUGGAUUUCCCACAACCUGUAGGUCCAUUAUCAAUUAUUGGUGAUGCAUUUUUACGUCGUUUUUAUUCAAUAUACGAUCUAGAGAAUAAUGCAGUUGGGCUAGCCAAAUCAGUUUAA